GUUAGGGGCGCGGUGAGAGCAACUCGCCAGAUAAAUAAGGCGGAGACAUCUGGCGGCCAUGAAGUGGGACACCGCCUAUUUUCUUCAAUUAUGGGUUCUAGGCUGAGAGAGAACCCAAGACGACUCCUAGAGUGCUGGUGUGAGGUGGUCGGUCCCAAAGGAAGAGAUCGGCCAGCAUGGAUUAUUCAGAAGUUCCCCAACAGUUACAACAAUGAAGAAAUUCUUAAGUGUGUUCCCCAGUUUGCCUUCCCAUGUUCUUUUGAGAGCUUAACUGUCCAACAUUUCUCCUUUGUUCUAACAAGCCUGGACUCAAAAUGGACAUAUGGAUUCUGUCGCCAUGCUCCAGGAGCAGAAACAGCUCUUGUGAUACUCUCUCACCUGCCUUGGCACGAAACAUUCUACAAACUUCUAAAUCAUCUCUCCGAAAUGAUGAGUUCAGACAAGACCAGCGAUAUGGCCUCAUGUCUCCAGAACAUUUACAAGUUCCCAGUUCCUCCUCCAGGUUCAGAUAUUACUAUACCUUAUGGGGAAAGCAAAUUCUUUGUAGCUCAGUGUCCCAACCAUCUAAAACUACCAACCAUCCCAGAAAAUCGGAACCUGGCUGAAUACUACAAUGCCGUGGAUACCAACAACAUGAUAAUUAUAUUUGCAUCAAUGCUAUACGAGAGAAGAAUUAUUAUAGUCUCAAAACGGCUCUCUCGGCUCUCUGCUUGUGUCCAGGCAGCCAACUCUGUUAUUUACCCUAUGCAGUGGCAGCACAUAUAUAUACCUGUACUGCCGCAGCAUCUACUAGAUUACCUUCUGGCCCCUAUGCCUUUCCUCAUUGGGGUCAACACACUACUCUUGUCGAAAGUACAAAUGGAUGAUGUGGGGGAAGCUGUGAUAUUAGAUGCCGACAACAAUAUUGUCAAGACACCCUUUAAUGAUAUAGACACCUUGCCUGAUGAAGUGGUCAUGAAUCUAAAGAGAAAUCUGAAGGCUUCGAACAAUAUGCUUGGGGACAGUGUUGCUCGUGCAUUCUUGCGUGCACUCGUCCAGCUCAUUGGCAACUACAAAGAAGCAUUGCAGUUUAGAGAAGAAGAUUCAAAAAUUACUUUUAACCGAGAGAAGUUUGUUGCAAUCCGUCCUCCAAAUUUCCAGCCAUUUGUUGAGAAGAUGUUAGAACUUCAGAUUUUUCAGCAGGUUUGAAGAACAGUUCUGUUG